AGCAGCAGCAGCAACAACAACACAAAGAACAACAGCAAGUAAACGACAUCUGAUGAAAAUGAGCGGAGCCGAGGUUGGGACGAAGGCCAACCGACCUGGCACGCGGGUAUUCAAAAAGACCUGUCCCAAUGGAAAAGUCACGGUCUACUUGGGGAAACGAGAUUUCGUCGAUCAUCUGACACACGUUGACCCCAUCGACGGUGUCAUUCUCGUGGACCCGGAAUACGUCAAGGAUCGUAAGGUAUAUGGCACUGUAUUGGCAGCGUUCCGCUACGGCCGUGAAGAUCUAGAUGUUCUAGGUUUGACGUUUCGGAAAGAUCUCUAUCUGGCAUGUGAGCAAAUCUAUCCACCGGUGAACAGAGAACCGAAAAGAAAGCUCACGCGUCUACAGGAGAAACUGAUUAAGAAACUGGGCCCCAAUGCGCAUCCUUUCUACUUCGAACUGCCGCCCCAUUGUCCGGCGAGCGUGAGCCUCCAGCCCAGUCAAGGAGACACCGGCAAACCGUGCGGUGUUGACUAUGAGCUCAAGGGAUUUGUCGCCGACUCGCCGGAUGAGAAACCGCACAAGAGGAACUGCGUGCGCUUGGCAAUCCGCAAGGUGAUGUACGCGCCUUCGCUUCAAGGUGAUCAGCCGUCGACCGAAGUGUCGAAAGAAUUCGUGAUGUCACCUAAUAAACUUCACCUUGAGGCAUCGCUCGACAAAGAGCUCUACCAUCACGGCGAAGAGAUCGCCGUGAACGUCCACAUUGCCAACAAUUCGAAUCGGAGCGUCAAACGAGUAAAAGUGAGCGUGCGUCAGAUCGCCGAUAUUUGUCUCUUCUCUUCGGCUCAAUACAAGUGCACCGUCGCGCAAGUGGAUUCCGAUGAAGGUUGUCCGAUCGCUCCCGGUUUUACCCUCUCGAAAGUGUUCUACCUCAAACCUCUGUUGGCCCAAAACAAGGACAAGCGUGGCCUGGCUUUGGAUGGGCAGCUCAAGCACGAGGACACUAAUUUGGCAUCUUCUACCAUAAUCAGUGAUCAACAGCAGCGAGAAAAUCUUGGAAUUAUCGUCCAAUAUAAGGUUAAGGUGAAACUGUGUCUCGGAGCUCUGAAUGGCGACCUCAUCGCGGAAUUACCCUUCGUUUUGAUGCACCCGAAGCCCGAAGAGGAGGUCACCACACCCAAUGCAACGGAUGUGGCGGAUCCAGAUCUGAAUAAGAAAAAUUGCACUACGUGCGAAUCUGGCUCAGAGAUGCCAACAGACGACCUCAUCCAACUCGAAGAUCCCGAGGACGAUCUCAUCUUUGAGGACUUCGCUCGCCUCCGACUGCGAGGUACAGGCGAGCCGGGAGGUCCCAAUGAUACGCCUACGUAG